UCUGACAAUUCGCCGGCCUCAUCGAAAUUUUAUCAGCUUAUCAGGUAUUUAUUGAUUUCUAUUACGCCUAAAGUACUACACACCACUUGAGAUCAUUUUACUAUUCGGAACUUGUUUCUUUUUCUAAUAGUUCACAAAAUUAUUGUUUAAACGGUUUAAAAUAUGUGACACAGGACUUUUUAAAAAAUUUUGUGAAUACAUAUGAGUCACGCGGAAGAACAUGCCACAGCAAAAUACACAAUAACGCGAAUAACAUUGAGAAUUUAUUAUCGUAAAAAUUCAUAUUCUCAACCUAUUCCCAGUCAAGCGAUUCAGUCACCUUACCAACGUUCACGAGUGCGGGCUUCAAUAGCAAAUCACGCAAAUCACCUGAGAAUGAGUUCGUCCAGUCAGCAUAUUUUGUACGGGGGCCCCGAUCCGGACCCCACAGAUGGUGAACAGUCCCUUGGCGAGUUCGUCCUGAACCGUCUGGAUCGAUUCAGCGAGCAAAUCGUCUUGAUUGAUGGUGUCACGUCAGAAGAGAUGAAGUAUUGUGAGCUGAAGGAGCGCAGCAUCCGAUAUGCCCAGAUCUUGCAGGAUGCCGGAUUCAAGGAGGGCGACGUCAUAGGAUUGUGCAGUGAAAAUCGCCUCGAUUUCCCAUGUGUUCUCUUCAGUGCUUUCUACCUUGGAGUCACUGUUGCGCCGCUCAAUUUAACAUAUUCCGAUAGUGAACUUCAUCAUGCGCUCAACCUAUCAAAGCCCAAAUUCAUCUUUGCUUCGCCGUAUGUAAUCGAAAAGAUUGCUAAAGUCGCUCAGCAAAACACUUUCAUAAAGAAAGUUGUAGUGUUUGGAGAUGAUAAUUUCGCUCUUAAAGGAGUCCAAAGCAGCAAGGAUUUUCUCGAAAACAAGCGAAUUCCUCCUGUGAAGAACUUCAAAGUGAAACCAACAAAUAUUGAGGAUACGGUCGCCUUAAUUCUAUGCUCAAGUGGAACUACAGGAUUGCCAAAAGGAGUUCAGCUGACUCAAUACAACAUUCUCAUAGCAAUAGCACACAUUGGGCUGGGAAUCUUCACAAUUGACAUGCCUCGCCAAGAUAUGGUGAUUCUUGGAAUUAUUCCCUGGUUCCACGCUUUUGGCUGCUUGACUCUCUGCGGCAUGUCGCUCUCUGGAAUUCGCAUGGUUCUGUUGCCAAAGUUUGAAGAAUUCCUCUUUCUGAGCUGCAUUGAAAACUACAAAGUCACGCAAAUGUUUCUCGUUCCGCCACUGAUGGUCUUCCUGGCCAAACAUCCUCUCGUGGACAACUACGACAUGUCUACUGUGGAGGAAAUCAUUUGUGGCGCCGCCCCGCUUAGCAAGGAGUUAGAAGAAGCCGUCUCUAAGCGCAUCGGAGUGGUCGUUAAGCAGGGAUAUGGAAUGAGUGAAAUGACUCUCAGCACUUUGCUGCAGACCCACUUCAAGAAACCCGGCAGUGUUGGGGAUCUCAGACCGGGAAUGUGGGGAAAAGUCAUCGAUCCAGACACAGGGAAGCUCUUGGGGCCCAAUCAGCCCGGAGAGCUGUGCUUCAAGGGAUCUCAGAAUAUGAAGGGAUACAUUGGGAAUGACAAAGCCACGAAAGACACUAUCGAUGCCGAAGGAUGGCUACACACAGGAGAUAUUGGCUAUUAUGACGAUGACAAGCAGUUCUUCAUUGUUGAUCGUCUCAAGGAGCUCAUUAAGUACAAAGGGUACCAAGUCCCACCGGCUGAAAUUGAAGCUCUCCUCCUGACCCACACGAAGAUACGAGAUGCAGCGGUUGUGGGACUGCCAGAUGAGGCUGCAGGCGAACUACCAUUCGCCUUCGUGGUGAAACAGGCGGGAGUUGAUCUCACUGAGAAGGAAGUGAUUGAUUUUGUAGCAAAGAAGGCCUCUCCGGCAAAGAGAUUGCACGGAGGAGUGAAAUUUCUCGAGGAAAUCCCCAAAAAUCCGAGUGGAAAAAUCCUCAGACGCGAAUUGAGGACAAAACUCAAGACCAUUGUAAAGUCCAAGUUGUAAGAGAAAUUCCUCAA